GGAAGCCCCUCCUAUAAACUACUUGCGCCUGACUCGCCCAAAACACUACUAUUAUACCGCGCAAGGAAAUGGCACCACAAAAGUCCGUUACCGAAGUGCCACGGUCUAUACUCCCUCGCUUGACAUGGAACGGCUCCUCUGCUCGGACUACUUUUCCUCCCCCCCAGAACAACAUUCUAUCAGCAAGGCAACAACAGAAAACGCUACGCAUAUAUAGCUGGAACUCUGCCGGACGACAACUACAUACUUUGACCCUUUCUCCUCACUCUUCUACAUUCAUCUCCGCAACAAUCCGAGAGCCAACCUUAUCAUCGCGAUCUAGACGAUUACCCGAAUCAACCAGUCGUCCAACAUGUCGACCAGCAGUGCUCCCAGGCAACCCUAUCCGAUAUAAUGGUGUCUACGUCGCCGCGUUCAAACCAGCUCGGCGCGCUUUUCAUGCUUCCGCCCCCCAACGAAGGGACCACCAUUUCGAUACGUUAAAGUUCGUUCAGCGGUUGAAAGAGGAGGGUUUCAGUGAGGAACAGGCUGUCGCGAUGAUGCGGGUCCUAAAUGAUGUUAUUCAAGAGUCUAUUCAGAAUCUAACCCGGACAAUGGUCCUCAGAGAAGACACCGAGAGAUCGACGUAUACCCAGAAAGUCGAUUUCGCCAAACUCCGCUCCGAAUUACUCAACGCAGAUUCAACUGAAGCACAACUAACGCGUUCAUCACAUGAGAAGAUUGCUGCAGAUCUGGCUAAGCUCAAUUCACGACUUCGAGAUGAGAUUGGGCGCACGCAAGCAUCUGUUCGUCUGGACCUAAACCUGGAAAAAGGUCGUAUUCGAGAAGAAGCAAACAGUCAAGAAAUGCGAAUAAAAGAGACGGAAACGCGAAUCGAGCAGGAGGUCGCGGGUUUGAGAGAGCGUGUAGAGGCCGUGAAGUUCUCUACGCUACAGUGGCUGAUGGGUGUUUGCACCGGUACCGCCGCUUUGAUUCUCGGUGCCUGGCGUCUUUUCAUGUGAGUCGAAGGCUUGUUUGUGAGUAGGAUGGAGAAGAAGGGAGAGAAAGUAUUUAAUAGUGUGCUUGUCUGGUUGGGAGAGGACUCAGGAGCUUCACAUAUUGUAUAUUAGAACUACCAUGCGCUCUGAUCCUGGACUAUACCCCGGACCAUAUCACCAGAGAAGGGAUGUCUCCCGUUUCAAUCCCUUUGUUUCGCUAAGCAACAGCCCGGUUUCAUUCUAUUGUUAUUUUGACAUC